CAAACCCGUAACGUGUUGGGACGCGAGUGGAAUGGUCUGUACAGGAGGCCGGGCGGAAAACCCCUUUCCCAAUGGGCGACAGACCGCAUUUACUAUCUGAUUUGUUAUCUGGGAUGAUCAGGAAUCAGCAGAGAACACUGAUAUGGGACAAAAUGUGGCUAAGAUUGGCGUACAGGGGAAAAUAUUGACUAAAUUCGCCGGGGCCCAGCGUGGUGUAACUUGCGUGAUGUUGCCGAAAGCUUUCCACAUGCACGGGGUCGCCAGGAGAGGAGACGCCAGAGAGCCCCAGCUCUUGGGGGAGCUGGAGAGCUACUACGAGACAGUCUUCGAGAAAAUCGGCCUCACGGAAAUCUGCCUAGACAUGUUCGAGAAAGGGCCAAAGUCCAAGUUCACCGUCAGCGUCGAGGGGAACAUCGGCAGCGGCAAGUCCACGCUGCUGCAGCAUUUCGCCAAGUUCAAUGACGUGGAGGUCCUGCAGGAGCCUGUCGAUAAGUGGAGAAAUGUGAGGGGAUAUAAUCUGCUGGACCUGAUGUACAAAGACCCAUGCCGCUGGGCCCACACCUUCCAGACGUACGUUCAGAUGACCAUGAUGGAGCUUCACCUCAAACCCACGUCAUCGCCAGUAAAGCUCAUCGAGAGGUCAUUGUUUAGUGCCAGAUACUGUUUUGUAGAAAAUCUGUUUCAAGGUGGUAAGAUGACUGAGCCAGAAUAUAAUGUGUAUUGCGAAUGGUACAAUAUGAUUACGCAGAAUCUCAAUGUUGAUGUAGAUCUUAUUGUAUACUUGCGAACCGACCCAAAGAAAGUCAAUGAACGCAUCAGAAAGCGGGCUCGCUCUGAGGAACAGACAAUCCCAAUGCAGUAUUUAGAGGAUUUGCAUAAAUUGCAUGAAGACUGGCUGAUCGAAAAGAAGCACCCCCUCCCUGCGCCAGUACUGAUCUUGGAUGCCAAUGAAAACCUCUGUACCAUGUACAAGAAAUUUGAAGAACAUACUUCAGAGAUCUUAUGUAAAAAACUAGUCAAGAAUAAGUUGAAAGAACUUGAAGAUAUCGGAGAAGCGUUAGUAUCUUAAGUCAAGUUUAUAUUUUGGUGAUUUUAUAUGUUUUUAGUGCCAAUAUAUAGCUAUGAUCAUUUAAAGAGAGUUAUCAAUAUGUAAACUGUAAAGAGGACCAGUAGCAGUUAUUUCAAGGAUACCACAUGUCAGGGAUGAUACCUUUCAUUCCAUUUUCACAAGCUACUUGAUUUCUAGUAUUAACCUGUUGACACUAGCUACAUCCACUGUCCCCUGCAGUUUUGUUUUAUUAAUUUUGUGUAUGCAUAAAUGGGUCCACAAGUAUUUAGACACCAAGGAGGGAAUUGCUAGCCUAUCUAGUCUCACGUUGUCCUUUGAGUUUUUGAAAAGAUUGAAAAAAUAUUGAUUUGGUUUCCUCAAUUUUUAUCAAUGUCAUUAUUAUUAUUUAUAUUGUUGUUGUUGUUCUUCAUAUUAUGAUUAUGAUUACUAUUACUAUUAUUAUCAUCUGUAGCAUAUUCAUUAUUACAAUGAUUACAACAUUGUUAACAAUGAAAAUAAACUUUUCUUACCAAAAAUUCAAAGUAUAAGGUAAAUGGAGGAGGUCAGAUAGGCUAAUAAUUGACUCUUUUGUGUGGUUAGUGGGUGUAUACAUACACAUUUGGCAUCAGUGGGUUAACUAUUGAAGGAUUUUUAGUCUGCUAAAGGGACUAAUAUAUUUCCAGUGUAGAGUUUAUGUAAGGUAGAUAAUUGUGCUCUGAUAGUAUCAGUUUAGAAAAAGAUGAUGUUAAUUAACCUUUAUGAUGCUUUACUGUAAUGCUUAUAUUUAUUUUUUGUAACACUUGCCUUUACUCAUAGACUUUUCUAUACAUACAAUUUUCUAUGUUGAUGUGAGUUGGGCCUGAAGUUUAAAGACUCAACUAUUUUUUUUGUUACAAACAUGUUUUUAGUUGAACAUAGAACAUGAAUAGUCAUGAUGUUAAAUUUAUGGUGCAUUCCAAGUCCCUGUUAAGACAGUAAAGUCAUAAACAAAAUAUAUGUAAUAGAAAAAUAUGCUUUAUAUUUGUUUUCAGAUUUACACACUUUGCCUAAAAGGAAAAAAAAUAAAUUCUUCUAUAUCUUUUUUAUUUUGAAAUAUAUGAUUUACUACAAAGGCUGGACUUCAUUGCAUAGCAGUGUAACUUUGCAUGGGUGCAUUCCUAAAUGAAUGUUCUUUUGUAUUUUCAUAAAAAUGGUUAGGUAAGAUACAGAUGUGUCGCAGAUUAUUAUAUAUGAUGAUA